GGCGCGUGUCCGUGCGGCGCAGCGCGCUCCCGUGAAGACCGCGCGGGGAGAGAGACUUCAAGAACGAGCAAGGAAACGGAACACGGAGAGAGAGAGAGAGAGAGAGAGAGAAAAAAUCACGAAAUGCGCCCGGAGGGUAAAUGAAGGAUGUUUCCUUCCUUCGGAAAAACGACCUUAUGAAUUUGUGUGAGGUGUCGUAAGGGGGGAAUCUUAAAGAACUGCGUAGGAUUACGUGUUAGUAGUGCAAUAGAGCCGGGUAUUUUUUUGGGGGAAAGAAAAUAUCAGGAAUGGAGGCUUUCAUAAUAGUUCACCAAAGCAGGACAGAAGAUUUGACACGAGGACUAGACAGCGAAUAAACACCCAGUUCUGAACAGGAAUAAAGAACGCGUGUUUUUUACAUUUUUUUAAGCCACGUAGCCCCUCCUUCGUGGCCGAUGACAAGAAUACGAGUUGAGGGCCUGAAGGACGGAGGCACGUGCUGAGGGAAAGUGUUUGUCGGCAUCUUUGUGUUCUCACAGACCAUGUGGCCAACAGCGCAGAGGAAUCGGCUUUCAGUGGUUUGGCCUGGAUGCCAUGCCACCGGGCCGUGGAUAUGGUUAUUUUGCUCAGUUUUGGCAUUGGCAUGGGCGCAGAGCUACUACCCCACAGUGAACACAAAUUAUGGGAAGCUACGCGGUAUGCGUGUUCCACUUCCCAGUGAGAUCCUGGGCCCCGUGGACCAGUACUUGGGCGUGCCUUACGCCGCACCACCCGUGGCUGAGAAGCGGUUCCUGCCCCCUGAGCCGCCCUCAUCAUGGUCAGGCAUUAAGAAUGCCACACAUUUUGCGCCCGUAUGCCCACAAAACAUCCACAACGCCGUGCCUGAGAUCAUGAUGCCCAUCUGGUUCACUUUUAACUUGGAUAUAGUCGCCACGUAUAUACAGGAGCAAAAUGAGGAUUGUUUGUACCUCAACAUAUAUGUGCCAACCGAAGAUGUCAAAAGAAUAUCCAAGGAAUGUGCCAGAAAACCCAACAAGAAAAUAUGUAGAAAAGGAGGGUCCCAUGCUAAAAAACAGGGUGAAGAUUUAGCAGAUAAUGACGGCGAUGAAGAUGAAGACAUACGAGACACUGGCGCCAAACCUGUGAUGGUCUACAUUCACGGAGGCUCCUACAUGGAGGGCACAGGGAACAUGAUCGACGGCAGCGUGUUGGCCAGCUACGGCAAUGUCAUCGUCAUCACGCUCAACUUCCGGGUCGGCGUCUUAGGCUUCCUGAGCACGGGUGACCAGGCCGCUAAAGGUAAUUAUGGCCUCCUGGAUCAGAUCCAGGCCUUACGCUGGAUCAGCGAGAACAUUGGCUACUUCGGUGGUGAUUCUAACCGGAUCACAGUCUUCGGAUCAGGCAUCGGUGCCUCUUGUGUGAGCCUGCUAACUCUGUCCCAUCACUCAGAAGGUCUGUUCCAUCGCGCCAUCAUCCAGAGCGGCUCAGCGCUAUCCAGCUGGGCUGUCAACUACCAGCCUGUGAAAUAUACGCGUCUGCUCGCAGAGAAGGUUGGCUGUAAUGUGCUGGAUACCAUGGACAUGGUGCACUGUCUGCGGAAGAAGAACGCCCGUGAGCUAGUAGAGCAGGACAUCCAGCCUGCACGCUACCAUGUGGCCUUCGGGCCAGUGAUUGAUGGUGAUGUGAUCCCCGAUGACCCAGAGAUCCUCAUGGAGCAGGGCGAGUUCCUCAAUUAUGACAUUAUGCUGGGCGUGAACCAGGGUGAGGGCCUGCGCUUUGUGGAAAAUGUAGUGGACUCUGAAGACGGCGUCUCAGGCAACGACUUCGACUUCUCUGUCUCUGACUUUGUAGACAGCCUAUAUGGCUACCCAGAGGGGAAGGACACCCUGAGGGAGACUAUAAAGUUUAUGUACACGGACUGGGCUGACCGAGACAACCCAGAAACACGCCGCAAGACGCUCGUCGCACUCUUUACUGACCAUCAGUGGGUGGAACCAUCGGUGGUGACGGCUGACCUGCACGCUCGCUAUGGCUCGCCCACCUAUUUCUAUGCCUUCUAUCACCACUGCCAGAGUUUGAUGAAACCCGCCUGGUCAGACGCGGCACAUGGAGACGAAGUACCAUAUGUCUUUGGUAUCCCCAUGAUCGGGCCUACUGACCUGUUCCCCUGCAACUUCUCUAAGAAUGAUGUCAUGCUCAGUGCUGUGGUUAUGACCUACUGGACUAACUUCGCCAAGACUGGAGACCCCAACAAGCCGGUGCCCCAGGACACCAAGUUCAUCCACACAAAAGCCAACCGCUUUGAGGAAGUGGCCUGGUCCAAAUACAACCCUCAGGACCAGCUGUACCUGCACAUCGGGUUGAAGCCACGUGUUCGUGACCACUACCGUGCUACUAAGGUGGCCUUCUGGAAGCAUCUGGUGCCACACCUGUAUAACCUGCAUGACAUGUUCCACUACACGUCAACCACUACACGAGUGCCACCCCCUGAGACCACUCAGAACUCACUGGCCACCAAGCGGCCCAAUGGCAAGGCCUGGCCUUUCAACACCAAGCGGCCACCUAUGUCACCAGCUUACAACAGCGAUAGUGGCACAGAACGGCGGAACAGCGCAGAUAAUGAUGAGACCGGGCCAUUGCUCGUCGAGAAUGCACGUGACUAUUCAACCGAGUUGAGUGUCACCAUCGCUGUGGGUGCGUCUCUGCUCUUUCUCAACGUGCUCGCCUUCGCUGCACUUUACUACCGCAAGGACAAGCGCCGACAGGAGCAGCGGCCACAAGGCAGCCCACCUCGUACAAACGCCAACGCCAAUGUCAAUGGCACCAGUGUCGAGGAUGAGAUUGCGUCACUGCAAGUGAAUCAGUGUGACGCCACACCAGCUGGAGAGGCACUGCCGCUCACCGCGCUUCCCGACUACGCGCUGACUCUGCGCCGUUCUCCUGAUGACAUCCCUCUCAUGACGCCCAACACCAUCACCAUGAUCCCCAACUCGCUGGUGCCCAUGCCCAACCUGCACCCAUAUAACACCUUCACAGCCGGCUUUGGCACAGCUGGUCUGGCCCACUCACACUCCACCACCCGUGUAUAGCUUUAAGGAGGGUGCAGAAGAGUAUUGGGUUUUGUACGAAUAUCACAGUUAUGGAAGAGAAAAAAAAAAAGAAAGAUUUUGAAUAGACACUUUGUCACAGGCAGUUGCUUUCUGAACGUCGAUUCGAUUUGGUUGUGAACUACUCCAUGUUCCCUUCCAAUUGGACGAGCAAUUCGAGCAGUAUUUUUUUCUAAUAAUCAUUUUAAAAAUGGGGGGACAACCUUUUUAAGAAGACUGGGCAGUUAUUGGCAACACUUUUUUUGAAUAAUUAACAAAAAUGAAGAAAAGUGCUUUUUAUUUCCCAUUUCGUUCUCGUGUGGGAAACCCAUUUCAAAACAAUGGCCUCUCAGAUGACAUCUGCAUAAUAUAUGUUGCUUUUUUCUCAUCAAUGCCUUACACGAGAGCUUGAUUUUUAGUUUCGUCCUUUUUAUCUUUCAGUGACAUGAGCGUGCCUGGAACUUAUUUCGCCUGAACGAUUGGAUUCAUGAAAAAUAAGAAAGAGACAUAUUGAAAAUGUGUAGAGAAUUGAAGCAAUCCAGACCAGCUUUUUCAGUUGCAUAUACUCAUACAUGGUUUUACCUUUUUUCCUUAUUUCCAAUAAUAAUAAUUUGUCUGAUCCCGACUCUGUCAUGAGACAAGACUGAAGAUACAGACUUUACUGUGAGUGUUUUGUUAAGAGAAAAUUGCAUAUUUUAUGACAAAAUGAACUAUCUUCAUGAAAUGCACACUUACACACAACUGCGCGUCUGUAUGUGUGCGUAUGUGUGUGUGCGUGUGUGUGUGCGUGUGUGCGCGUGUGUGUGUGUGCACAUUUACCCUAUUUUUUGUUGAACAUUGUGUCUUUGGGGUGGGACAAGGAGGGCUUCUUUACCAUGUUGAUGAUUUUCACCAGUAGUGUUUGAGCUGCGCCUCUGCAAAAUAGCACUUUUUGUUCAUUUAAAAAAGUUAUAUAUGUCUAAUUUUGCUUAAGAAUUACAAAAAUAAAUAUAUUAUUUUACAUGUAAAAGAAAAAAAUAGCUUAAUAUUCAACUGAACUAACUGACAUGAAUCCACUGACUUUGUAAGGUUCCUCCCAGCAGGAGAUGGUGGCCUGUUUACACUGAAUAACAUUAGUUCAGUGUAGACCUGUGUUUCUUUAAAUAUAUAUAUAUAUAUAUAUAUAAAUAUGGGCAUACAUACAUAUAUGUAUAGGGCUUUUAUGAAGAUUAUACUCCCAUUGAUCUCAACAUAUUAAUGACCAUUACUACUAGAUUAAAAGCAUCAAUAUCCAGAAAAAUUAGUGUUUGUACUAGUCAAAUUCUCAACAUUAUAACAUAAUCCCAGGCCACACCAAUUGUCUUUUUAACAGCUCUAUAUGUAUAUUUAUGUAUAAAUAUAUUUAAUAUUUAUUUAUGUAUACCAGAUGUAUACAUGCUGAUUGUGCCAUGUGCCAAAUUAAAUCAUAAAACUGGAGAAGACAUGUUGCAAAAACACAUUAUUUCUCAUCCAGGCUUCCUCUGAUUUAUUCUACUCAAUUUCAUUGCAUCAGAUUGUGUUAGUUUCUGGUCAAACUGUCAAAACAACCUGUUUAUACCGUCAAAUGCUGUUCUCCCUCCCAUACCAAAAGAGAGGAAAACAUCCUGGCAGCUCUGGCAGCCAAGAUCAAAGGAAAAGAAGGAAGGAAGUCAGUGGUCCAAAGACAGGAAUUUGUAUUAAAGGCACGCAUGUUUGAGUCAGUGGUUUUAACCAAUUUGAGCUCAUUGAUAGUCAUUUGUGGAGAUGUGGGGCAAACACGGUACUAUACUGCAGAGCAAGUUACAGAAAUCAAGCUGAGCAUGGGCUUCUCAGUCAAUAAAAUACUUGUGUUUGUACACCUUAAUCAACAGCCUCCUGCUCUUAAUCACAAUAACUCUUGAACUUUCUUCUUAAAUGCCUUGUACUAAAGAUUAGUGGAUAAAUUUGGCCACAAAGUUAGAUCAGACAUGUUCACCAUCUCUCCGCCAAGUCUCCACUCCUCACCAUCUCCAUUCGGGUAUGCACUGUAAUCUCUUAUUGUACAGGACUACUUUUAUUUUAUGUUAACUAAAAGAUACAAAAAAAAAAAAACUCUUGAGAAUGCUGAGAAAUGGUGGAAAAAUACUGCCCAAUUAGCCUUGUGGACUGCAGCAAAAAAAUUGUGAGCCAUCGAAGCUUGGAGUUUGUAGUUGGUGAGUAAAUUAGUGAAACUCCUAAGGAAGAUCCUUGAAUAGAAGUCAACACUGAAAAAGAGGAACCAACCCUCUUCUGGGUGGUGACUAGAUUAGAGAGCAAGAUUUACUACUCGGACUGUUCAAAUUCUUUUAAUGAGCAGAAAGUUCAUAUAAAGUCCACAAUGUGAAGCUUUGGCAUCAUUUCUUUUGACCAACUGAGUCAUGGCAGGUGGCCAAUUAGAAUGUAGCUCUCCUUCAGGAUCCUCACAACAUGGGGAUUAGAUGCUUCGUCUCAUUUGAAUACCUUCAAGCAAGCAGCAGUUGGUCAGAGCAUGGAGGUCAAAUACUUCCUAGAAUAAAUAUCAUACGCUGCGUGAUCAUCUUUAGAAUUAAAUAUUUCAGAUUAGAAGCAUUGGAACAGUGGGGAUCCCUGCUGAACAGAAACUAAUUGCAGAUUUUGCUUUAUUCUUUAUGUAUGUUUAUCUAUAAUUGGUUGGUUAAUAAUUUUACUCUUGGCGUUGAGCUCUCUGUUCAGGUUCAUUUGUUUAAAAUAACCAGUAUGUCAUUUAUGCUAUGGUUAUUUUUAGGUCCCAGCUGUAAUAGCCACAUUAAGCUUCACAAAGUCUGCCAGUGCUACUCCCUGCUGCAUAGCACACUCUAUUCAAACAGCUCCCUGCUGAUACAAUGACCUGUUUGCACACAUGAGUUAUUGCACUUCAUACAGCAACAGUGUGAGUGGGUGUCAUUGGAUCUAUUUAUUUGUGGUAGUGUAUAUUGUUGUUAAGAGAAUGUAGUGACACAAAGAGCAUCACCAAUUUCAUAUGAAACUCUGGUUCACAGCAAGACACAGCUCAGAGGGUUUUUUUUCUGCACAGGAGCAGCAUGUGAAAACAGAAUAUUAAUAGAGUGCAAAAUUUGGGCAGACCAUGACAUAGACUACAUUUACAUGCACAUCAAAUUCCGUUUAAGGUCCAUAUUCUGAAUACGAUAUUUAUAUGCAUAUAGGCAUCGGAAUAUUCCUGUAUACAUGGCUGCUGUAAGUAUUCCGAUCUACACAUGCGCUUUUCCUUUCCCGCUGUUAUUUCCCGGCAGAUUUGAGAUGCUGCCAAUGGUUAUAGAGUAUGGUCAGUUCUUAGUUUUAUUACUACUUUUUCACAUUAAUUUAAUUAGGACUGAGCAUGUGCAUAUAUCUCCUUUCAGUGGAUUUUCUGAAUAAGGUGUUUACAUGCAACAAAUUUUAAAAUUAAAACAGGCAUAUUCCAGGGGUGGGAAUGAGAAUUUGGGGAAUCAGAAUAUUGUCUUAAUCUGAAUCAGGCAAUCGGCGUUUACAUGACUCAAUACUAAUUAGAAUAUUGUCAAAUUCCAAUUAAUAUUGGAAUAUUGAUGUGCAGGUAAAUGUAGGCGUAGACUCUGAGGAAGGCAGGACACCCCCCUCAACUCUAGGCAAUGGCAGCUUGCCUAAAGGUUUGAUCGAAAAGGGUUUGAGCGAAUUUGAUGAAGCAUCUAAUCCCCACAUUGUGAGCUGUAGCUCACUGUGCUACCCUGGAGGACUAGGCAGAACUGUGAAACUGGAUGUUUUUCUAGCAUGAUUGUUGUCAAGGCAGUUGCACUGGCAUGCUCUCAAAGCUAUAUCAAAACAAUUUCUCAUCUCUUUGUCUCUGACAUAACACUGUUUCAUUACUGAGCUGUUCAUUAUUACCUCCAUUUUCUUUGCAUUUUGUUUUGCUUUGACCCCAAGCUUUAAAAUGGAUUCUUUUAGGAAUUUUCCUUGUCUUAGCAGAUUAAUAACCAAACUCUUGGUAACUGAUUGAAGUGAAGUGAUAUUUUCUACUCUACUAAUCUGUGUAGCAUCUUCUGUACUAUUUUCAAUCAAAACGAAACCUCAUCAUUUGUUAGUGCAUCAUUUUUUUAAAGUGUAAAAACAGUGGUUUGGUUAAGAAGAGACUCAAGUUGUUCUCAUCAUUAUGUUGCAGUUAUGUGCAUUUAUGUGUAAUAGAUAUUUUCUUUGCAAUACACUGGUGGCAAUCCACUUAAUCAUGCAAUUUACUAUUUAUUGUCUCGGUAUCUCUUCAUCCUGUUUGAAAGUAAUGAGGAAAGAAAGGUGGCCGGGUAAAUGCCAAAUGAAUUAUGAUGAUCAGACACUAAGAUAUAAACAGGAAAUAUGAGCUCUUGGGACAACUAGUGAAGUCUAGUGCAUACAAAGAGAAAUGUUAAUCAACUAAAUACGUUUAAUAUACUAAGAACUCAUUGCAGUGAAGCAUACACACACACACACACACACACACACACACUUACAUUCCUAUUACAGUAAUACCAUCAUAUACACUGCAGUCCUUAAGCAAUGGACUCUCAAAUUUAGUACAAUGAAUUUGAACAUUUUCAAAUGUGUCUGGGAACAUCUCUACAUCACCAGUCUUAUUAAAAAAUGUCAGAAUCUAUGAAUAUAUUACUAUUUGAAAAUGGCCCCAUGUCCGCAUGCCAUCUCAAAUAUCCAGCUGCCUGGCUAACUCCACACUAUGAGCAAAAACUUUGAUCCUCACUAAAACUAGGGCACAGCUUGUAUAGGUAAAGGUUUCAAAUUUAAAAGGUUGAUAAUCUCUGUUUUAAAAGGAAAUAACAAUGUGUUAAGUAAUAUGCAGGGGUGGAAAAUGAGAAUGCACUGAGAGCUCAACUAAAAGUGGAAGUAUCCAGCUAACAAAAUAAAAACCUUGCUAAGUUUAAAUGCAUUAACAAGUAAAAUGUAAGUGUGGUUAACUGAUGAAAUUAAGUUUACUUAUCUAAAACUGUUAGAAGAUUAUUUUUGUUUUAAAGCAACUAUACAGUUUUUCCUGAAAACAUCAUUCAGUCUGUGUAGGUUUGCUGGUCAUAUGCAUGACUAGCACUCUGGAGUUUGCUAAUGAAUUAAUCAGAAGUAAAAUUCAUGUAUAACCAAUAACAAUAUUUACAUUAUCGUUGCUAGUCUACCUUGGCAUUAGCAAAGAAAACAGACUAACUUAGUUACAUAUAGCAAUUUAGCUAAUUUGUUAGCAAAUUAGUGAAACCUACCUCAACAUGUUUUUUCAAACUAACCUUCUAGGGAGGCAAAGGAGACACCUCAUUUUACACAAGUUACUCAUUUGCUUAGUCCAGCAGAGGUAGUGCCAGGGGUGUUCAUCAUAAAGUACCACACUUAUGGCUUAUCUUCAAAUGCAGACGGAUAGCUCUUGCCCUAUGGAUAUUGUGUAGCAUGAGAAGGUCACCACAGAUAACAAAUUAACAUGAUUUGUGAUAUUUUUUUUCUAAUAUCACUUGAUCAACUUGGUUGGAAGCUAACCAUAAAGCUAUUCCAGGUCAGAGUAAAGUAAAACAGCCAUAAAAUUAUUCUAGUCCCGAAAGUGCAAUGUUAUUAAGUGGCCAUUAUGUGAGAGCCAUACUCAGUGUUGUGCUACGUAGUGAGGACGUAAUAUCAAAAUUGUGCACAUCAUCAUUCAGACCUCAAAUAUAACUACUGGCAACGUUUUAUUAACUUGACAAAUCAAAAUAGUCAAUUAAAAGCAUGAUAAAAUAGCCUAUAUCCCAAGCACACAUUACAAUUUCAUAAUCCGUAUUUAGUAUCUUGUGGCUUCAUUAAGUUACGCACAAUUAUCUAUUGGCACACAAUAUAACAAAAUUAAAUUCAAAAUGAUCAGAUGUGCUGGAUCAAAUGCUAUUUUAGUUGAUGAAUAAUAAGGGUAGAAGCCUUACUGUUAAAUAAAACCAAACUUGCUGUGACUGGUAAUAUCGGCAAUACACUAGACUCCUAUUAAAUAUUUAUUUCAAUGUGUGCUGUCUUCUCAUUCAUACAUCAUCCGAUUAUUGUUUUAUAUUUUUAAUUUUUAAACUCUCUUGCUUUUAUAUUACAACAUAUUACAUUUGACAACAAAGAAAAAACACUACCUGCUCAUUCAGUCCGUAUUUUCUAUCCCUGAAUUUUUCAAGCUUAAAAGCAAGUGCUUGUGUUUAGGCACUACUGAAAACCCCGUCUCAGAUGCUUCUACACAAAGGAAAUCUAGUAAAACGAAACAAAAGAAAUUUAAGCACAUGCAGAAGACUACUCUUAAUGUGGAUAACUUUCCUCACAAUAUUGAUGUAACUUUUGGACAUAUACUAUAUUGCCAAGUACCCGGUAACCGUUUCUGGAGAAAACCCCCAAAGCAUGGGGAGAACAUGCACAAAUUGCAUAUUCAUAUAUAUUUAUCAUUCCUGACAUUGUUCUAAAUACAAAAAUAAUAAUUAAACAAUGUGUUAUUCAGCACAGGUUAUGUGAUGGUUUAAAUUUACUUAAAGACAAGCCUGAAGGCAAAAUGUUCCUGGAACAAAACGGAUGAAUGUAUUAUACGCCUGACAGAACAUCACUAAUGAAGAUAUCCAGUGUCUGAUUAUGUGUAUGGGUCAGAGACUACAGGCAGCUCUUGCCUGCAAAGAACUGGCAGACAAGUACCAAGCAUAACAAUGUUUUUCAAGAGUGUUAAGUUAAUUUGUCCAUUUAUCCCCUGAAACGGGAGACUGUGUGUAAAAACGAUUGUGAUUUUUAAAUGGUUCAUCUAUUGACGUAUAUAAUCUCAGUUUAAAGCUGCAAUUUAUCCUCAUAGUCAUAGUUACAUUUCAAAUAUAUUGCAUUGGACUACAGAGCCACAACAACAAAAAGUGUUUAUUGUGUAAUUACUUGUGGAUUGCACUGUAUUUCACUGUAUGUGUCAGUUUGUUUGUUUUUUUUUUCAGGAUACUUACAUAUGUUUGGAUCUCACAGGGUUUUCGUAUGGCAUAUAACCAUAUGACAAGGACUUGCACUAAGCUUGAUAAUACUAUGUGUUCAUUGUCGUCGUAAAUGUUAAGUAUUCAUUAUUCAUUCUACAUGGGUUUCCUUGAGACUAUCCUAUUAAAUAAAGAAGAAAAAUGAGGUCUCUGCAUACCAUUUCCCAGAUCUGCUACUGUUCCUUUUUUAUGUUCCAGUAAGAUAUUACACCCAGUGGAGGAAUCAAUCAGCAUAGAGUGCAUUUGGACUACAUAUAUUUUCUGUUCCUCCAGAUCCCGACAGAUAUUUAGACACACAGAGAUUCCAAUAUUCUCUGUCUGUAUAGAGGAAAGCAGAUAAGGAAGCUUGUAUUUAUAUGCUGAAUGCAUCCAUAAUCAUGCAUCAGAAAUGAAAUAUCUACUCAUCUGUGAUGUUUUCAUUGUGCAGACUGGAGAAAAUACACCUUAAUUUGCAUGAUUCAGAUCCUUUCCAUGCUGGUGUUCAAUUCCUCAUUUUAUGCAGUGAGAACAUGUUUAAACUGAAAUGCCGCUGCUUCAGCAUGGUGCAAAAAUGCUUUUAGGUAAAUGUUGUCCUUGUAAAAAAAAAAAAAAAAAAAAACCUGUGACAUUGAUACUUCUAUGUGGGUGUAUCAGGCCAGUGUCCAGCCUUCAAAUUUAAUACAACCAUCCUGUGUAUUGCAUGCCAACCUGAACGGCUUGCAGCCUGAAGAGAUGGAUAAUAAAGACACUUUGUUUGGACAAUCUAGCACUAGGCAGCCAAGAGGAGGCAAUAAGAAAUCUAGUGCUUCGGUAUUAAUUAGGCGCGCGACCGUUUUCUGCAUGAUAAAACAAUAACAAAGCUGCUUGGACUGGAUUGUGCUGUAGCGUGGUGCAGUGCUCCUUAAGGGACAUUGAGCCCAGCUGCUGCAUUGACUGGAACAGUAAUGAUUCUGUCUAGGUGAUGGAUGGCCUGAAGAAGCCUAAGGAGUGAGACAAACAUCUAACAAGCAUGCAGAGCUUGCUCUCUCUCUCUCUCUCUCUCUCUCUCUCUCUAUUCUCAGCUAAUUCCCUGGAGUCUCUCAUCAACUUCCAAUCUUUCUCUUAAAGAUAAUUAGCUGUGGCUUUGCAUUCACAAGGCCACGUUCCACCUUGAAUGGGCUAUCAGGCACCAAGUGGAGAUAUACGCUAAUUGCACGUGCCACAUUGUGCACAUUAAAGAGGUCUAACUGCAGGCAUGCCAUAAAGCAAGGAAAGCUAACGACACAGCUGAAUCGCAUUAACCUUACCUACUGUAGGUAAUGACCCAGAUGCAGCUACUGCACCGUAAAGGAACAAUAAAUGCAUUCUAUAAUAUCAUUGCAUUUUAUGCUGUGGGGGACAAUAAUUGUAAAACCAAGCACCAACUAUCAAAGAGAAGGUGGUAAAAUGAUAGUAUAGCUCCAGCAAUGUAGCAAAGGUCUUUACAGUAUAUAAACUGUGUAUAUGGCCUUUUUCUCAAAAAAGACUAGUGUAGUUAAUAUGUUCUCACUUUCCCUUAUUUAUGUUGCAUUUUGUGUAUGGGAGGGGUAUUGAUGGAUGGUUGUCUUUGGGCUCAUGCAUCAUCCUAUUUAAACUAAGACUGCAUUUUAUCUGUGUGAAGACAAACUGAAACAUUCGUGCCUUUGGGAGUGGAGAACUUUUUUUAUUGAUGAACAGACAUUGAAGAAACUAAGUCUGCCACUAUUAGUUUAUUCAAAGAAAAGUGAAAUUCAAGAUUACAGUAAACAUCCCCUUAUAGGCUUUUCGAAAGGUCUUCUCUCGGUAAGGAGCUGAUUUUUAUAGGAUGUUAUAUAUUUAGUGCUAUAUGUGAAUGGGAUGAAAAUGGCAUUGCUCUGAUUGCUG